CCGCAUUAAAUUCUGAGAAACGCGCUCAGGGAAACAAGAACAGUUCCAUACACAGUUUAGCACCGUGCACCUAACUUUGCAUAAGUUGUUUGUUACUUUAAAAACAAACAAACGGUGAAUACGCGUGCAGUCUAGCAUUUAGCUGUUUUACCCGCCGCAGUACCUAGCUCAGGAUCACCAGCAGAUGACUCCCAUCCAAACAGCUUUAAAAGGCACGUCAAGUAUCCUCGCCGAGGAUAAACGAGGGAUCGCUGGCAGAAAGUUUAAACCUGCCCUGCCUAAACGCGAUGGUCCUGAUCCAGAUCCGUUUUGCGCGUGCUACUUUGCAAGGACCAGAUCCUGUGGGGCACGCGACGUGCUUACUUUCAUUCCACCCAGUCAUGCGUUGCUCUUUAUUUCCAUCUGUUAAAACUCGUAAAACAAAACACGUUAGGAAUGCAGAGUUGACGACAACUGCAAAACAGGUUGAGUUACUAGUUCGGUUUCAGGCCUCCCUUUCCCUCCCGCCCCAGGUCUCUCAAAGAAAUUCAACGGGGCAAGCUUUUCUUUUCUCAUCCUUGCAGCUGCACCAGUUGGGUUUCUGCUCACCGUGCAUCUGUUCAAGGCACAAGACGUUUUCCGGAAGACUGUCCGCAAGCGUUAAACACCUUAUAUUAUGAUCUCCUAGAAAAAGCCACGGGGAAAGAACAGCAGUUUCAACUCGCUCCUCCCCGGCAGUCCAAUUUUUCAUGAUCUUGAGCAAUUCUCCUGAGCGCGCUCUGUUUUGGAACUCCAUUUCCCGGGAGUCUUUGCCGGUCGGGAGUUUGUUGCUUGGCAACGGGCGUAAACCAGCCAUGGAGCCGAAGGGGGAGAAGGAAGGAAAAGAUGGGAAAGACCAGAAUGCACCAUCAGAAGCACCAGACAAUUCAGGGGAACAGAAGGAAGGAGCAAAGAACAUUGCAGAUGAAAAGAAAGUAUCUCCUGAACAUGAAGAAGAAGAAAAAACAGCAGAAGAUGAUGAGGGUGAGGGGAGUUUUGGCAGUGAGGAUGAAGAAGAGGAGGAGGAGGAGGAACAGCCACCAGAACCUGAAAAACCUGAAGAACCAGUGAAGAAGAAGAAGAAAGAAAUAGUGGAGAAGAAAAUUUCUGAAAACUUCUACUAUAACUAUGAAGAGUUGUGCUCAUUCCCAUAUGUCACUCCAGAUUCUGGCAUACCACUUAAUAUGCUCACUCUUAUGCACUCUUUUGGUUAUGACUGCAUGAAACGUGCAAACAUCCAGAUGCUGGAUAGUCAAACUCUACUCUACAUAGCUGGCAAUCAGCUAGUGCUUCUGGACUUGAAAUUUAAGUAUCAGAGAUACCUUCGAAGUACAAGCGGUGGAGGGAUUGGUGUCAUCACGGUACACCCCAGUAAAACACACUUUGGAGUAGGGGAAAAAGGAUGGAAACCAAACAUGAUUAUCUAUGAAUAUCCUUCCUUAAGACCAUACAGAAUAUUACGAGGUGGAACAGAGAAAGCGUAUGUAUCUGCUGACUUUAAUCGUUCAGGAACCUUAAUGGCCACUGUUGGGAGCAGCCCUGACUACAUGCUGACGGUUUGGGACUGGAAACAGGAAAAGAUUGUAUUGAGAUCAAAAGCAUUUUCACAGGAUGUGUAUAAAGUCACAUUUUCUCCAGAAAAUGAAGAACAACUAACCACAUCUGGUUCAUGCCACAUAAAGUUUUGGAAGAUGGCCCUCACUUUCACAGGUUUGAAACUACAAGGAGCCCUGGGCAGGUUUGGAAAAACAGCACUAACGGACAUUGUAGGGUACAUGGAGCUGCCAGAUGGGAAGGUACUUUCAGGGUCAGAAUGGGGAAAUUUGCUACUUUGGGAAGGAGGACUCAUAAAAGUUGAAAUUUGUCGUUCAGGACAUAGAAAUUGCCACAAUGGCCCAAUUAAUCAGGUGAUUCUAGAUGAAGGAGAGGUGGUCACUGUUGGAUCUGAUGGUUACAUCAGGGUUUGGGAUUUUGAAACAAUAGACACAGCUGAUAUUGUGGAUGAUACUGGACUGUUGGAGAUGGAAUAUAUGAAUGAACUUUUAGUUGGCAAAAAUGUUAGUCUGAGCUACAUGAUGAAAGUUCAUGAACGUGGAGAACCAUAUUGGUAUGCUCAGGAUUUUAAUGGAGCCAUCUGGAAGCUUGAUCUGAGUUUCUCAAAUGUUACCCAUGAUCCAGAAUGCCUCUUUACUUUUCAUUCUGGAAGGAUAGAAGCUGUAGCUGUUUCUCCUGUCACUUAUAUAAUGGCCACAACAGCUCUUGACCGUUCAGUGCGUGUCUAUGACUUCAUCAGUAAGGUGCAGCUGGCUGAAAUUAAAUUUAAACAGGGAGGGACAGCAUUGACCUGGGCACCAGCUGUGGCAAAUCCCAAAGGAGGUGUAAUUGCUGUUGGUUUUCAAGAUGGUGUUGUCCGUAUUAUUGAACUUUAUAAUCCUAAAGGACUCCCUGUUGUUUCUGGACGGGAUAAUGUAUCGGAUGCAGCCAUGCGUCUGAAACAAGCUUUCAAACCUCAUACCACUGUAGUUUCAGCAUUGGCUUAUGAGCGCAAUGGAGAAGUGCUUGCUACUGGGAGUAGAGAUAAAACUGUUUUUUUCUUUUCUGUUGAUGACAAAUAUGAGCCAAUUGGAUUCAUUAGUGUUCCAGGGCCUGUACAGGCAUUGCAGUGGUCUCCCCUUUCUCAUCCAGAUAGUAAGCUGCUUAUUCUCUGUGAGAAUGGUUUUGUUGUUCAGGCUCCUGCUCCACACCCAUCUGAUUAUGAUGCAGCAUCAACUUACAAGAUCAAGGACUUACCUAUAGAACAUUUUCAUUUCUGGAGCAUCAAAUCUCGACUUUUGAGGGAACAGGAAAUUGAACGCCGGGAAAAAGUGAAACAAGAGAAGGAGAAGGCAAAGCAGCAGUGGAUCAAGGAACAAAUGGAUGAGGGAAAAGAACUCGAAGAAAUUGAAUAUCCGGAGGAAGAAACUGAGGAAGAGGAACCACUACCAGAAAUCUAUUUCCCAGAGACUCCAAGCCCAAUUCUUUGUGGGUUUUACUCUGGACCAGGGAAAUUUUGGCUAUCUAUGGGAGAAUAUGAUACUGGAUUCCUAUACCAUUGUGCAUUUUCUCCUAUGCAACACCAGAAAGAACCUGAGGCUCGGCAAGAUGAGCCUUUUGAUGUUAUUCCCAUAGAAGAUGCAGAGGACAAUCCCAUUAGGCGCAUCUGGUUUUGCUCCACUGGUUUGCUAAUGUUCUGUGGAAUGGACAAUGGAACAGUACGGAUUUAUCCUCUCCAUCAUAAAAAACUUUCAGCAGACAAUAUUGCAGGGUAUUGGUCAUUCAGCCUACACGAUAAUGACUAUGGGAGAAUUCAAGGGAUUUGCACGAGUUUUGAUGAUCGGUUUCUGGUGACCUGUGGAGCAGAUGGCAAUAUCUUUACUUAUAAUAUCCUUUCUGCUGAAGAUGUUAAGAAGGUGUUGAAGACUAAAGUGCCAUCUCCAAGGGGAGGCCUUGAUAGAGAGCGAGCAGCACAAGAUAUCGAAGAUCCCAAUGCCUACAGUAUUGAGAAUGCCAAGCAAAAGAAGGAACAUGAUCAGAUAAUAAGAGCAGCAGAACAUAAGAAAUAUAUAAAGAGACAAGAACUCAUCACUCUAAGGCAUCAGUUUCAGGAUUUGCUACAAAUGAACCAUGACCUUCCCAAGCAUAUGCAGCUUCACCGAGCACAAUUUGAGCUGGACCGCAGGAUUCGUGCAGAACUGGACAGAAAGACAGCACACAGGAUUCGGCUUGUGAUGAAAGAGUUGGCUUGGGAACAGGAAAAACAUCGCGUUGGGUUGCAAAAAGUACAGGAUCGGUUCCGAGGUGGAUUGGAAUAUGAUACAAUUGUGGUCUGUGCCAUGAGAAGUAACCAUCGAAUCUCCACAUACAGACUGCUGGCAAUAUCAGAAAGCUUCUACAAAUCCAGAAAACAGAGUCAAUCAUGGAAAAGGCGAAUGAGCAAAUUUGACUGGAAGACUAAAGAAGGAGAUCAAAGAAGAGAAAGCCAAAAAGAUCUUAGACCAACAUUUGCAACCCAGUCUUCUGUCAUCACUGAGGAAGAACCAGAGCCAGAAAAGGUGCGGAAGAAGCCCCAGUCAGUGGCAAGCCGUAUUGUGGAAAAUCGAAUGGAAAGAUUAAGGAAAAUUAUUGAAAAAGCAGACAAAGCCAAAGCUAAGAUUGAACAAAGAAAGAAAGAAUGGGACGAAUUAUUCAAGAGCAAACCAGACGAUGACUAUGAGGACCCUCAAGAUGUGGAAAAUAUCAGACUGGCGCAAGAGAAUAUGGGGGACUUUAAAUUGAAAACUGCUACUAACUACAAAAUCCCUGAACACAUGAGAAUGAAUGCUGCCAAGAAAAUGACUCAGCUGGCAAACCUAGAAGUGGCGAUCCAUGAAAAGAAAUUAACUAUGAACAAAUGGAUAGUGGGCCUCCGAGACCUCAAGGUGGCUAUUAUUGAAGAGAUCCAAUGUGUGGUACAAGAAUUGAAGACUAUACAGGCAUCUCUGCAUCCAUCCAAACAUUUGCCUAUUCCUCCAGUUCCUCAACUUCUUCCUGAAGAGACUCCAGAAAAAAAUUUCCAGUAUGACAGUGAAAUGCUUUUUAAGUUCAAAGAGGUAUUAGAAGAGCGAGUUAAAGUGAAAGAAGUUGUGCCUGCAGUUACUUCGGCAGAGGCCAGUGGAAUAGGAGGAUUUGGAGGAGGGUUCCUUCAUGCUCCUUCAAUAAAGGAACUUGAUACUAUGGGCCGAGGGGCAAGCAUGAAGUCGGUGAAAGUAGCAUCUGGAACUGUCUCCGUGGCGGCAGUCAAAAGUUUUGAGAUUGAGCUGCCAGAGCCAACAGAGAUGGAACUGGAAAUUGCAAUGCGGGAGGAGAUCAGAAACAUUUAUCUACAGGAAACGUUGGUCAAGAGGAUUGAUGAGCUCAUGAUGACCUUUGACGCUGAACUUCGUCUUUUGCGUCACCAAAAACUGAAGCUGGACAUACAGAUGAAAACUGCUGAUUUGCGUCACAUAAUUUGGUUUCAAGAGCUGCUUCUCCUGAAAAACUUUGAAAAGCAUGAAGACAUUCUUCAGGAACGUGUAAACAGUCUUGCCAGUGAGGAAGAGGAAAUGCAGAACAAAUUAAACAGUUGUCUUGCACAAAUAGAGGAAAAGAAAGCAGAGAUUCUGAAGCUUCAGGACCAAGAGAAGACCCUCUAUGCCACUUUUCAAGCAUCUUUGGGGGAAAAUAAUAAAUUUGCUGGAUUCCUUACCAAAGUACUCAAAAAGAAGAUUAAACGUGUUAAGAAAAAAGAGGUGGAAGGUGAAAGAGAUGAAGAAGAAGAAAGUGAGGAAGAGAGUGAGGAGGAGUCUAGUUUUGAGAGUGAUGAAGGAGAAUCAGAAUCUGAGGAUGAAGUCUUUGAUGACACAGUUUGUCCAAAAAACUGUGAUGAGGCACUCUUUGAAAACACACUCCAGCUCCGUGAGAAACGGCUGGACAUUGAGGAAGCAUUAGCUGAGGAAAAGAAGGCCAUUGAAAAUGUCAAGAAAGAAUACGAAGCAUUCGCCAAGAAGGUUAAAGUAGUAGCAGCCAGCCUAGAUACAGCAGAUUUUGAACUAGAAGCAUAUCAACGGGAGAAGCAGCAGAGACUGAAUGAGCUUCAUGUAGUGGUGCCUCUAAAACUUCAUCAGGUGGAAUACAUAUCAAAUGGUGAAAUCCUCACUGACCUCUCUCAGGCUUUGGUGUUUACCAAUCAGUCCUUGGUGAACUUGCAGGAAAGGAUUAUGGCUCUGCAGCAGGAGAAACUAGAACAGAGGGAACUUUAUAAGAAGGCUCGUGAACAACACAAACAGCUCAUUCGAGACAGGAAGGAGAUGAUGCUUAAGAUUGAGCGAUUGGAAGAGAAAUGCAAUCAGUUGAUGAUGAUGAAAUUUGGCCGCAUUGUUAAUCUGGAAGCCCUGCAAACGCUUUCUGUUAAUACAAACCUGGAAGAGCUCAAGAUGAAAAUGAUGGAAAAGGAGCAAGCUCAAGCUCUGGACCUACAAAAAUGGGAGGAUAGAAUCCUUGAGAUGCGGCAACAGCUAAUGACAGUCACAAAAGAAAAUACUAGUAAACUGAAUAAAAUGAAUGCAUUUUGCAGAGAGAAGAUGAAACUUGAAGCAAAGUUAGAUUCACUACAGAAUAAUCUGGGAGCAGAAUUCCAAAGGCCCCGUAAAGUAGACAUUGAGGAGAAGGAGAAACUGAUUGCAUUAGUACAACUGCAAGCCCGAGAAGCCGAAGUCCUGAAGGAAGAAAUUACUCUUCUAAGCAGAAAGGAUGGUCGCAUCUUCCCACCCACACAACCUGUAUUUCAAUCAGACAGCACUCUUGAUUAAAAGCCUUGAAUUCCCCAAUUUCCACUUCAUAUGUAAAUCAGUCCCACUGCAUGAGGGUAACAGGAUAGCAACUGAAAUGUUAAGUGUCUGUCCGUUCACUUCAAGAGAGAAGGCAGGCAGAACUUUAACACCACAGCUUCUCCUGAGAUGGGGAUAUCGUGACGGAGGAAUCCUGGACUUCUCCAAUGCCCGUCUUUUAUUGAGCUGUUAAAGGCACAGACUAGUUGUAAAGGAAGACAUUUAUAAAAAGAUAGUAAAGUGUGAGCAGUCCAAUCCCUCUUGUAAUUCACUUUUUAGCAUUGGGCAUGUGGAGGAUCCCUCCUUAAAGUGUCUUCAGAUAGAGAAGUUCCCUUUUAAUCUGAAGGAUGCUGUAUGUCCCAAAACAGGCACUGUGGCAACUCUGCAGAGAAGAGACCCUGGUUCUGCUGGCAUGGAUCUUAGUAUCUUUUCAUCGAAUAAAGAAUUUAUGUUUUAAAGAGCCUUCUCAUAACGGCAGUGACAAUGGACUUUCAUGUUACCAUGCAAUUUGUGUUGCCGAUAAACAUUUCUAAAGUUUGGUUUUAGGGGCAAAGCUUUUGAUGUCCUCUUUCACUGGUGGUCUACACCAUGUAAUCUUUGUCUUGCACUGCAUCAGUUCUUCAAAUUACCAUGCAAAAAC